AUGGCUGCUGGUGGUGCAAAUAAUUCUUCAUCUGAAAUCAAUGUGGUCAUUAUUGGAGAAACAGGCACUGGUAAAUCAACAUUUAUUAAUUAUUUAACAAAUCUAUUUUAUAAUGGUUCAUUAACAAAUCUUAAAGUAGCUAUACCAACACAUUAUUUAAAAGCUAAUAUGUCAUCUAUCAUGCCUCAACAUCAUGAAGCUUGUUUAGAGGAUGGUACAGGUAGUAAAACAACUAAAUGUACAAAAUAUACAUUUACUGUUGAACAAGUUCAUUUCAAUUUUUUUGAUACACCUGGUAUAAAUGAUACCGGUGGUUAUCUAUCGGAUAAUGAAAAUGUUGAUCGAAUAUUUGAGUGUAUUCAAACAUUACAACAUUUAACAGCUCUUGUACUUGUUCUAAAUGGUACACAAGCACGUUUAACAGUUAAUAUACGAAAUGUUCUUGAACGUUUUCGUGAUCGUAUACCUGAUGUUAUUUAUAGAAAUAUAAUUGUUAUAUUAACAAAUUGUGCAUCACAUACAGUUAAUUUUGGUUCAGUUAAAUUAUUAAAUCAUGCACCUGUAUUUCAUAUGCAAAAUUCAGCAUUUUCAUCUGAUGCUCGAAAAUGGACAUCUCAAACACGUGAAAUAUUACAACGUGAUUGGAAUAUAUCAAUGCAAACAAUGAAUGAUUUUAUUAAAACUUUAAUAACAUUAAAACCUAUUUCAACUGAAUCAUUAUCGGCAAUGAAUGAUGAUCGUAAUGCUAUACGUAGUAUUUUACAUGAAAGUCGUCUUAUGAUUAUGGAAUUGCAACAUAUUGAAGAUGAAUUAACUGCACUUGAACAAGCAUCAAAUAUUUAUUCAGCGAAUGUUGAAAAAUAUUCAUCGAUUAAUGGUCAACCAACAAAAUCGAUUCAGGCAAGUAAAUAA